UGCGCUACUCAGUUACUAAUAUUAAACGCAACUGAAAAAACCUUCAAAUGGUUCUCUUGGAAAUAUGUUUGGCCGUUCUGGUCGUGGCUGUACUUAUAUACAAGUGGUCUAAGGCCACUCACAAUGCGUUCGAUGGUCGUGGUAUUUACUUCGAGAAGCCAAAGCCCUUCUUUGGCAAUCUAGGAGCUUCGUUUUUAAACGGAACGUCGUUUCAUAGGCAACUCAGCGAGUUCUACAGCCGCACGAGAGAGCACAAAGUUGUUGGCAUAUUCAGUUUGCGCACGCCCAUGAUACAGCUGAAUGAUCCCGAAGUGAAAAAGAUCUGCGUCAAGGACUUUGAUCACUUUCCCAACCACCAAGUCUUUGCACAGAGUAACGAACGUCUCAUGAACGACAUGUUGAGCAUCAUGCGGGAUCAGCGAUGGAAACACAUGAGGAAUACCCUCACGCCGGUCUUCACGGCAGCCAAAAUGCGCAGCAUGUUCGCCCUCAUGGGAGACAGCUUUGGGGAGUGCCUCGAUCACUUGUCGGGACUAUCGAAGGGUUCUUCAGCUGGAGAGGGUGUUGAGUUGGACAUGAAAGUGCUCUGUAACAAGUUAUCCAACGAUCUGAUUGCCACCACCGCCUUCGGCCUGAAGGUGAACUCCUUUGAGACCCCAGAUAAUGAGUUCUACCAAAUCGGUCAGUCGCUGACUUUCUCGAAAGGAUCGACCAUGUUCAGGUUCAUGCUAGCCACCCUUAUGCCCAAAGUGUUUUCACUAUUUAAACUGAAGAUCUUUGACGGCCAGAAAGUCGAAUAUUUUGUCCGUUUGGUGGUGGAUGCCAUGAAAUAUCGCGAGGAGCACAACAUCAAUCGUCCAGACAUGAUCCAACUGCUGAUGGAGUCCAAGAAGGACGAGGACAACUGGACUGACGAUGAGAUCGUGGCCCAGUGCUUUAUUUUCUUCUUUGCUGCCUUCGAGAACAAUGCCAAUCUGAUCUGCACCACAUCCCUGGAGCUGCUCGAGAACCCCGACAUCCAGCAGCGCCUCUAUGAGGAGGUGAAGGAGGUGCAGGAAUCCCUCAAGGGCGGUCCUCUCACCUACGAUGCUGUUCAGGGUAUGAAGUACAUGGACAUGGUCAUCUCCGAGUCGCUACGCAAGUGGACACUGGCAGCCGCCACAGAUCGCCUGUGCUCGAAAGAUUACACCCUAACUGAUGAUAAUGGCACGAAGCUUUUCGACUUCAAAGUGGGUGAUCGUGUGAGUAUUCCCAUUGCCGGCCUCCACCGGGACGAUCAUUACUUCCCCAAUCCACGAAAGUUCGAUCCAGAGCGUUUCAGCGAGGAACGCAAGAACGACAUAAUUCCGUACACCUAUUUGCCUUUUGGAGUUGGUCCCCGAAAUUGCAUUGGCAAUCGUUAUGCAUUGAUGCAGGUCAAGGGCAUGCUGUACAAUCUGCUGAUCAGAUAUAAGAUCGAGAGAUCGCCCAAGACUGUCAAGGAUCUGUGGGAGGAGGCACGCGGCUUCAAUCUGGCGCCCAAGGCUGGGUACUGGAUGCGGCUGGUGCCGCGCAAAUAAAUGUGUUACAAAUAGUCGAUAAGGAAUAAAAUGA